GAUUGUUGGGAUACCGUCCUAUCAUGGCGGAAGAGUUAGCUGGCUAACGUUGUCGGUACGCGAUUGUUUGGCUUCGCACGUUUUUGGAACUACGCCCGCGGCAGCUUGGCAUUUUCCACUCACGUACUUGCAGCCGGGACUGAAACUGGUGUUGAGUGAGAAGACCCUCUACGUAAAGCACCUGCAACAGAUCAAAUGGAGUGUGCAGUGGACAUUCCAGCUGGUGAGGACGAGACAAAAGAGAAGGAUGACGUGAAUUCCAAGGAACCAACCGAACCGCCCCAUAAGAAAAACAAGAAGCACAAAAAACACAAGAACAAGAAGAAGAAGAAGAAGAGAAGGGGUGAAAGGGAAAGCAGUUCAGAGUCCGGUGCUGAGUCUGAGGCAGAACCAACUUCGCCACCGAAACCUGUCCGGACUACUAGAUCCAGUGCAAGGCUGGCAGCUGCUGCAAAAACUGGUGAUCAUGUUGGGCAGAAGGAAGACAAAACAGAUUGUUUGGACAAGGAGGCAGAUACAAAAUCUAAAAAACACAAAAGACAUGCCAACAAGAAGAAGAAAAAGAAGAAGAAGAAGGAUGAAAAGAAAUCCCAGUCUCGCUCUUCCUCUGAUAGCAGCUCAGGUUCGGGUUCUGAGUCUGAAGCGGAGGUGCGUGCAGCGACAGGUGAUGGCAAACCCUCUCUGCCUGUAGCACCUGGCCAUCAUGAGCCAGUGACCAGAAUGUCAACAAGAAACAAACGAGGUGAUGAGAAAGCCGUUCCAAUCCUCAUACCGAAUCCUGAACCACUUGAAGUGAAGAAAGAGGGCAUAGAUGACGUGGAUGAUUCCCCAAAAGCAGAAAUGACCCCAAACGAUAGUCACACCAAUGGAACAGAAAAAAAUAUCAAAUCGCCAUCACCCUGUCAGGAUGAGAUAACGCAGACAGCAUUGGUUGAGGUUAAGGAAGAAGCCUGUCUUGGUGAUGGGGCUUUCAGCCAUGCCCAGGACCUUCCUGAUAUUAUUCCCAAACAGGAAGGUAACGCACAGAGGGAUGAAACAGUACAAAAAGAUGACUCCAUUGUAAUACAGCCGGAAACAUUUAAAGAGUCAAAUUCACCCAGGUCAGAGUCUCCCACACCAAUUACGGGCCCAGAUAUUAAGCGGUCUGGAUCACAACAUAGUCGGUCACCAUCACCAAGUCCCCCUCAACAAAAGAUUGAUGGUCAAGCAGUGGCAGCAACGGAAGAGCCACCAGGAAAUGAUUCAAGAUCAGCCUCAAAGGACAAACAAUCUCCCACGCCUCUAGAAAAGUUGCCUCGUUCUAUCUCUCGAUCUCCAAAGAAUAGGAAGAAGUCCAUCUCCCCACCCUCCAAGUCUCCUAAGAGAGCUUGCCGUCAAUCACGGUCCAGCUCUCGUUCCCUUACGCCCAAGAAGAAGGCAGUAAAGUCCCCACGGAAAUCAAAGUCUCCAAGACGUCAAAGGAGCUCUUUGUCUGUGUCCCCAAAGCGACAUAGAAGCCCCUUAUCUCCGAAGAGAAGAGCCUCAAGGUCACCAAAACGUAGUGGGCGCAGGUCUCGUUCUAAAUCUCGGUCUCCAAGGCGAAACCGGAGAAGGUCAGAUUCCCGCUCACGAGGAGGCUUAAGGCGCUCACGGACCCGCUCUCCCAGACGUGGCGGUGUAGGCAGCAGGCGCUCACGGUCACGCUCUGUUAACAGGGCACGACGCUCCAGAUCUAGACGCCCCUACCGCCGUUCCAGGUCGCGAUCCUUGGCUAAACGUGCUGGUGGCAGACGCUCAAGGAGUCGAUCUUUGUCACGACAUAGGAGGUCACCACCUCCCAGAUCACGUCGCUCACGCUCUCGAUCUGCCCGCAGGAGCAGGCGGACUCGAUCACGUACUCCUUUAAGCUACAAACGUCAUCGCCGCUCGAGAUCAAGGAGUCCCCGCAAACGGACCAAAUCCCGAACCCCUUCAUUCCGUUGGCGCUCCAAAUCCAGGUCUCCGGUUAGAAGGCGCUCUCGGUCCCCAGCCAGGAGAAAGCGGUCUCCACCACCAAGGUCUAGCAAACGCUCAAAAUCCCGUUCGUUGCCUAGAAGGCACCGCUCAAAGACACAUUCACCACUACCGAGCCGAAAGAGGUCCAAGUCUCCAAGGAUCAAAGGCAGAAGGUCAAAGUCAAAAUCUGUCUCUGUUGGCUUGCACAGAUCCAAGUCCAGGUCCCGGUCUGAGUCAAGUGAUAGGCCAUCUGAUAGCUCGUCCCCUGCCCGAUCCACUUCAUCUCUUCCCAUUGAGGAAAAGAUGUCCUCUUCUCUCCAAGCAGAGGAACAGCCGACUCGAGAACAGAUGACUACAGAUCAUGAAGUGGUUUCUACAGCAGUUACUACAGGUGGUUGGAAACCUGUGACUUCAUUCGGUCCUUCCAGUCCCCAAGCAGCUAUCUCUAUGGAUGAGUCCCAGGAGCAGCCUGAGGCCCCAGCUGCCAUCCCUGAACAAGAACAAGAACAGGAACAGGAACAGGAACAGGAACAGGAGCAGGAGCAGGAGGAGGAAGAGGCCAGCAUAUCCCGCGAACAAGAUGUUUCUGGUUGUGGCUCCCAGGACCCUGGUACGGGGCCAGAUGGGUCUGAUGGUUCUGAAGGGUCAGGCGAAGAAAUAGAUUCUGCCUUGCCAGUAGAAACUGAAGCCAAAUUCCAGAGAAGUUCCUCGGGUUCACCGUCUCCAGGAAGGCAGAACAAAGAGCUCUCGCGUUCACCUGCUGAUCAAAGGGAACAGUCUCGGUCAGCUUCACCCCGAAAAAGGUCCAAGUCUCCAGUGAGGAAGAGAGAAUCAGUUUCUCCAUCAGAAAAGAAGAAGCAUCGGUCAAAAUCUCCUGGCCGCCGCCGAAAAUCCAGCCCUUCCCGCUCCAGCACCCGACGCAAGAGAUCCCGUUCCAAGUCUCGAACCAGAGCACGCCGAUCCAAGUCUCGCUCUCCAACCCGCAAGAGACGAUCCCGCUCGCCCAACGCCAGGGGGAGGAAGAGAUCCAAAUCCACCGACAGGAACAAGCGAUCACGGAGCCGCUCCACAGUCCGCAAGAAAAGGUCUAGGUCAGGAGACAGAGGUAGGAGGUCCAGGUCUCGUUCCUCAGAGCGAAGGCGCCGGUCGAGGUCGAGAGGGCGAGGGAGACGUCCAGUUUUUCGCAGUCGCUCCUUUGACAGAAGGGAUAGGUGGAAGAGGGAACCUAGUCACUCUCCAGUUCUUAUCCUCCGCAAACAGCGCCGCUCAGGGUCCCGGACACGUCGCAGCACUAGCAAGACUCCUCCACGGCUCACUGAACUGGAUAAGGACCAGUUAUUGGAGAUAGCCAAGGCUAACGCGGCUGCCAUGUGUGCCAAAGCAGGGGUGCCAAUUCCUGAGAGUCUACGGCCAAAAGCCAUCCUUCAGCUUCCCCUGCCGACCCCGUCUCCCACUCCGCUAUCACUUCCUCUACCUUUACCCCUCCCCAUGGGCAUGGGGAUGCCAAAUAUGCCCAACAUGGGUCCAAUGGGGUUGCCCACUAUUCCAGGAAUGCCCAACAUGUCCAACAUCACCAUGAGUGCAGCCAUGGCAAGCAUGACGGCGGCCACUAUGACGGCUGCCUUGACCAACAUGGGUGCUUUGGCAGCCAUGCCUCCUCUGGCCCCACUUCCCACGAUCACCAACAAACCUCCUCCAUGUCUCGCGCCGCCAACCCCAUCCCUGAACCUGGACCACAUUGAGGAAGUGAAAAGGAAGGUCACCCAGCAAGCCAACAUCCACACUAUAAAGGAGUUGACAGAGAAAUGUAAGAUGAUCGCAAACAGUAAGGAGGAAAUGGCUAUUGCUAAACCACAUGUCUCAGAUGAUGAAUUCUAGAAUCUUCAAACCCGUAAGGCUCUCACUGACUAGAGGUUAGACACUUUGAAGAUACCUUUUCCUUCUUUAGGAGUCACUUCACUGACAGGAAAAUACAACAACAAAAAAGCUCUUUUCAGGACAAAACAUAAUUCCCUGUUGGAAGCCAGGUGACGUGUGUGAGCCUCACACAAAGUACAAUAGAAGAACAUCCUAGUUGGUUGGCCUAGCACCAUCCCUCACUCCCCACUCUGCUCUGCAUAGUUUUGUGCGGGUGUGUCGCACCACUGAAGAAAGCGAACACAUCGACCUGUGUCUGACUAUAGCGUGAAUGUGAGUGUGUGUGUAUAUAGUGAUUUUCACCAACAUCCCCUGCAGUGUUGCUGCUUAAUUCAAGCAGUCGCUGUUGUAAAGACUGAAACUACGGUAAACUUAAAAGUGGUGCAAAUUCUUUUUUUUUUUGUAAAAGAUGUGUCUAAAUUGGUUUUACUUCUAAAGCUUUCUUAAGGAUUGUGUUAAGCGGACACCGCUUCCUUGUUCUGCUGUAUCUCCUCUUUAAUCUUUUGUCCUUUUUUUUUUUUUUUUUUUAAAACAGAUUAGGUUUCAAUCAAUCCCCAUGCGUGAUUUGCUUGGAUAACAUUGGGUGCAAAAGGAAACCUCAUGUUAUGAGAGCUGAGCUAUUUGGAAUGUUGUGGCUGCAAAACAAGAGGAGCAGACACAUAAUGCAUCACAUUCAAUUAGUUCUGCCCUGGUUGUGAUUAUCUUUCUUUUAAAGCGGCAGCUGCAUUUAAAAGGAGAUGCAUGCUCAGAGGAAAUAAUUCAUGACAUCAUUAAGGACUACUAAUUUGUAAGUGAAAAUUGAUAUGAACAUCUUGAGACAAGACUAGUUUGUUAGGUUACCAGACAAUCACCUUCUGUUUUUGGGGCGUCAUCAUUGUUGCUUAUUUGAGCUGCUUCUACAGGAUUUCAACUAAAUAUGAUGGUCUAACUUGGGGUCAUUUCCAUUUGCUGUUGUGUGAAACGGAGCCAUCCACUCGCAACCAGGGCCAUCUAACUGGAUGGUAAUGUGAAGGCUUUUCUCAUCACAUGACUAAACUGCUCCACCAUAGUGUUGAAUGUCUUUGAGGUGAUUUUAAAAGACAGAAAAAAAACAGGGAAAUGGCAUUUUAUGAUUUACAUUUUGGUCCUUUGAAUAAGACAUUGCUUGCUCUGUAUAUAAAUGUGUUGAUGAUUAUUAAAAACCUCAGUGAUCUGUA